UAAUAGUGUUGAUGGCCUGUGUAUGUAGUGCACAUAAAACUGCUGCUUUAUGAUUAUUAUCUGCAGUUUGCAUUGUUUGCCCUUCUGUUGCCGGCAGUAUGUGAUAUACCUACGUAUUGUAUGUGUUGCCGGCGUCGUUGCCGUUGCCGGUAACGGUAACUGUCAAACGCUGUCAAACUUCAAAUGUCACUUAUUUCGCGCUUUUUUUAGGCAAAUUAAACGAAAACAUGUCCUCAUUGAUUUAUAAAUAAUUAAAUACUUUUAUUCUAUAAAGUUACUAAGAUAUUACUGCAAAUAAUAUAAUUUGUGCAGUUUAAAAUUACUUACAACAACAAUGAGUUCACCGAUACCCGAUACACCAUCUGAUAGAGAGGAUGCGCGGUCACGGAUGACGUCACCGGCCCGUGAUUAUGAGAUGUUCGAGGAUGAGGGUGCCAUCCUGGGAGACAACCCUGUUGAGGAAGAGGAGGAUGGGGAGGAAUUGUUUGGAGAUAAUAUGGAAGCAGACUACCGUCCAAUGCCAGCACUGGAUCGGUAUGAUGCAGAAGACCUGGACGAUGAUGAUUAUGAUGCCAUGUCUGUUGGAGACCGAGUUGCUGCUGAGAGAGAGCUUCAGAGGAGGGACAGAGAUGAAGGGAGAAUCAGAAGAGAUGAUCGGGAUUUGUUGUAUGAUGAAUCAGAUGAGGACGGUGGGGACGCGCCCCGCGCUAAGCGCCGCAGAGCCGCGGAGAAUGCCGCUAUAGGAGCAGACGAGCAAGUGGAAGAAGGUAUAGAGAGCAUAGAGAACUUGGAGGAUACUAAAGGAUACUCCACUAAAGAGUGGGUGUCUAUGCUCGGGCCUAGGACUGAGAUCGCUAAUAGGUUCAAAAACUUCCUACGAACAUACACAAACAGCAAAGGCCAGUUCGUAUUCAAGGAGCGCAUACGUCGUAUGUGCGAGCAUAACCAAGCGUCUUUCCACGUCGAGUUUGACGUGCUAGCGCGCAGGGAACAAGUGCUAGCCUACUUCCUGCCAGAUGCACCUUUCCAAAUGCUGCAGAUAUUUGAUGAGGUGGCCAAAGAGAUUGUGCUGCAGAUAUUCCCCAGUUAUGAACGCGUCACGUCGGAGAUUCAUGUCCGUAUUGCAGAUUUGCCACUUAUUGAAGAGUUGAGGACUUUUAGAAAGCUACAUUUAAACCAGCUGGUUAGAACACAAGGGGUUAUAGCAGCUACCACUGGGGUUUUACCGCAGUUAUCUGUAGUGAAGUAUGAUUGUAACAGAUGUGGUUACAUCUUGGGGCCGUUCGUCCAGUCACAGAAUUCAGAAGUCAAACCUGGUUCAUGUCCAGAGUGUCAGAGUUCUGGCCCAUUUAUGGUAAACAUGGAACAAACAGUAUAUAGAAACUAUCAAAAAGUGACUAUCCAAGAGUCCCCUGGUCGCAUCCCCGCGGGGCGUAUUCCUCGCAGCAAAGACUGCAUUCUUUUAGCUGAUCUGUGCAACAGAUGCAAGCCUGGGGAUGAAGUGGACCUAACUGGGAUAUACACCAACAACUACGAUGGCUCACUUAAUACUGAACAGGGCUUCCCAGUAUUCGCAACAGUGAUCAUAGCAAACUACAUAAUAGUUAAAGACUGUAAACACAUAGUUGAAUCACUGACAGACGAUGACAUAGCCAGCAUUGUCAAACUGUCAAAAGAUCCGCAGGUCGGAGAUAGGAUUGUCAAAAGUAUAGCCCCAUCAAUAUUCGGGCACGAAUACAUCAAAAGGGGCUUAGCAUUGGCUUUGUUUGGAGGAGAACCUAAAAAUCCAGGUGAAAAGCAUAAAGUAAGGGGUGACAUCAAUGUGUUGAUAUGUGGAGAUCCUGGUACUGCAAAAUCACAGUUCCUGAAGUGCACAGAAAAGAUGGCACCAAGAGCUAUAUUCACAACAGGCCAAGGCGCCAGCGCAGUCGGUCUCACAGCGUAUGUGAGAAAGAGUCCCACUACCCGAGAGUGGACGCUAGAAGCCGGCGCGUUAGUGCUAGCGGACAGAGGAGUGUGUCUUAUUGACGAGUUUGAUAAGAUGAACGAUCAAGACCGCACCUCUAUACAUGAGGCCAUGGAACAACAGUCCAUAUCCAUCUCCAAGGCAGGAAUAGUUACUUCUCUUAACGCCAGGUGUUCAAUAAUAGCGGCGGCUAACCCAAUAGGCGGUCGAUACGACGCCUCGCUAACGUUUACGGAGAACGUGAAUCUGUCGGAGCCGAUCUUGUCUCGUUUCGACGUGAUCUGCGUCGUCAAGGACGAGGCUGACCCCAUGCAGGAUGCUCAUAUGGCCAAAUUCGUAGUAAACUCGCACAUAAGACAUCACCCGACACAACGCGGAACAACACUGGACGACAACACGGUGGAUGACGACUCCAUACUACCACAGGACCUGUUAAAGAAGUACAUCGUCUACGCCAGAGAGAAUGUGCAUCCUAAACUGCAGAAUAUGGAUCAAGACAAAGUAGCAAAAAUGUACAGUCAAUUGCGACAAGAGUCACUGGCCACUGGUAGCUUGCCGAUCACAGCCAGACACAUUGAAUCAGUGAUCCGAAUGAGCGAAGCGCACGCCCGCAUGCAUUUAAGGGUACAAGUGAACGAGGAAGACGUUAACCUGGCCAUUCGUACCAUGCUGGAGAGCUUCGUAGAAACACAGAAAUAUAGCGUCAUGCGCGCUAUGAGACAGACCUUCCAGAAGUACCUCUCCUAUAAGAAGGACCACAGCGAACUCCUUUACUACAUUUUACGACAGCUCACAAUGGACCAACUCGCCUAUAUGAGGGGCCUACACAACCACUCACAAUCCACCAUCGAAAUAUCAGAGCGAGACCUCACCGAGCGAGCGAGACAGAUCAACAUAUUGGAUCUAAAACCCUUUUAUAAUAGCAGGAUAUUCAAAAUGAACAACUUUAGUUAUGAUCCCAGAAGAAAAGUUAUUGUUCAUACCCUUCCAGAAGUACCUACUGAAUCAUAAAUAUUAUAAUAUUACUGUCUUACUGGCAUGUCUACAAAAUUUCAUUGACUGAGCGAGACAGAUAAAUCUUCCUAUGAUAGAAGGGUAAUAUUGCUGUUCUGCUUGCACAAUAACUAACCAAUAAAAAUCUCUGUUAAAAGUUUUUUACAUAAGAGAUCUACACAACCAUUCACAAUCCACCAUCGAAAUAUAAGCAAUUGAUAAUAUUGCUGUCUUACUUGCACAUCUACAAAUCUUCACUGUGUGAGCGAGACAGAUAAACCCAUCUAUAUUAAUAAGAUAAUAUUAAUGUCCAGCUCGCACAAUAACUAAUUGCCUAAGUAUGAACAGACAAAAAUGGCCAUAUCAUACAUAACAGAUUCUCACAACUGGUUGUUUGAUGUGUUCACACAACCACUUGUGAGAGUCUGUUAUGUAUGAUAUUCUAGUAUUUCGUUGGUGAGUGAUUGGUAACUCACCAUCGAAAUAUCAGAAUGAGAACAUACAGAGUGAGCGAGACAAAUAAAUAAGUAUAUCGGAUUUAUAACAUUUUUUUAAUUGUAAAACCAUUUUGUUUUGAUAAUAUACAUUUCC